AUGGAGAACAUGGAUGAGCAUCACUUAACCGAUUCAGACGAAGGAUCGGGGGGGACGUCCAAUAAUCAGAACAACCCAGAAGAGAAGCCCCCUCCAAAGGGGAAGACAAAUAAAGGAGUCCAGCGAGGAAGCCCUCCACCGCAUUCGCCCCAACGAUGUGAAGAUGAAGGUGCAGUCAAUCCGGAAGGAGCCGACAGCGUGAGUGAUGGCGGAGUGAAUAGCAACGGGGAGGUGCUGGUCGGUGAAGAAAAACCAGGUGAGGACAAUGCUAACGAAGAAGCACCCAAUCAAGUAACAAUCGAAAACAAAUCGUUGGAAGAAAAACCGUUGGAGGAAAAACCGUUGGAGGAAAAACCGUUGGAGGAAAAACCGUUGGAGGGGAAACCGUUGGAGGGGCAAAACCGAGGGAGCCUCGCGCAGAGGUCCACCAAGUCGGACAGCACAAACACCACCAGCAGCAACCUCAUAAAGAUAAGCCAAAAAAGCGAGGAAUGGGAACAACCAAAGAAAUGGAGCUUCUCCCUUCUCCUCACAAAUAUAAAGUCCAUGGUGCUAACCAACUAUAUCUACGUAGCCAAACGGUGCGGAAUCCCCAACCAGCCCAAUAAACCAGGACCAGUCCUUGCUAUCAGUGUAGAAAAGGAAAACACAAACGAAGUGAAAAACCUUAUUGUGCAAACCCCAUGUGCAUACGAAAAGUAUACACUGAAGGGAAAGUUAAUUCAACACAAGACACUUUACCCUUGUACGGUCACCUGUAUGAUGUAUGGCAGCAUCGGAGGGAUUGGAAAGACUGUAAUCUUGGGACUGCAAAAUGGAUGCAUACUGGUUUAUAAAAGCAUUGAGUUUGAAUGUAUUCUAAAGUUAAAUACAAGGGAAUGUUUGGAGAAAUAUUUUAAGGGCUCUUCUGCUUCGUCUGCUAGGAAGCCUUUUAAUAAUUCACAUGUAAAGGGUAGCGUCAUGGGUACGUUUAGUGGGACGAAUGGGGAGAGGAACUCGGGUAAGUUUGCAACGCAGGGUAACAGUCCAAACGAUGCAGAAGACUACAAUGAUCUGUCGUAUCAGAUAUCUGGUCUCUCCGUCAAGUCCACCUUUGCUAACUUUAUCCACUGGAUCAUUGCAGGGAAUAUGCAGGGCUACAUCUUCGUUUGGGAGGUGCCCAGUGGGAAUAUCAUAAAAAUCCUCGUGCAUCCGCAUCAUCUGUUCGGCCACGUCAGGGGGGGCUCCCACCGCAGCAGUGAAACCAGCGAUGACAGCAGCGAUAGCGACGGUAGUAGUGAUAAUUCCUAUCCCGAUCAUGCCAUCCUAAAUGGAAGCAACGGUGGGCAGGAUGAAGAAGUGGUGGAUACAUCAUCUGAAAAGGAGGAAGAGCUCGACGAAGCAGAUGAUGAGGAAGAUGGAGAUGACAACGAAGAUGGCUGCUUCACCCUCGAAGAGGACGACUCCUGCAGCAAGCCAGACGGGGAGGAAAACUCCAGCGAAUUCUCCGGCGGCAGCUACUUGAGCGACUCGGACGAGUAUUGCAACUCCACUGAUCAGGACAACGGAAGCAGAGCGGGUGACACCGCCUCCGCCAUAGGGAUGUUACACCGUAGGAGGAAAAAAAAAAGAAAAAAAGAAAAAAAUGCGCCAAACAAAUGCUACGUGUCAGCCAUAUUAGCAGUCACACAAAAGUACGAACUGUGGGUCGCAUUCGGAAGUGGCUACAUAGCAGUGUACGACUUAUACGACUUCCAGUUGCUUCUCUACACGUGCAUAUCGAAGAGCCCCAUUAUGGAUUUAAAGUAUUCCAAGCUCUUGGAAGACGUCUUCCUACUAAUAGGCAAUAAUUACAUUUCCGUAUGGGACACAAAAACGCUCAAACAAAUUAAAAAGGUUCCCACGAGCCACGUUACAAAAAAAAACUCCUCCCUGUCUACCCUAUACCUGUUAGAACGUCCAACGUUUUGGAAAAGCAAAAAAGUUGUUCUCAUUGCUGGCUGUAAUGAUGGAUCCAUCUCGGUGACAAAUGUUACAAAAAAGGUGGAUGGAGAUUUGACCUUUUCUUAUGUCCGGACAUAUGAGAAGCACUUCGAACCGUAUGUCCCCAUCAGUUACAUUUGCAUCCACCCCAGCAUCAACGCAGCCUUCGUCGGGGAUGCCAGUGGCGUCGUCUUCACGCUUCCAAGAAUUCUGAACACGCUCAAGCACGACGAUGCGCAAAGGUGA